GUCAAGAAGUCUGUAGGUGGUCAUUUUAACUCGCUGUCUUUUAUGGGAUCAUCAUGUCAAUGAAGGCCGGAGGAAAUCGAAGCAAACCCGGCGGUGGCAACACGACUGGUGCGGCCGCUUCUGGAGCCGGAGGAAGCGGCGGGGGGAGACCGAAUCUGGGCAGGGGAAGACACAGUGGUAAAGGUUCUGCAGCAGUAAUUUUCAGUGGUGUGUAUGCAAAUAUGAGGAUGGUCCAUGUUUUAACUUCAGUGGUGGGGACCAAGUGUGAGCUGAAAGUGAAAAAUGGAGCAAUAUAUGAAGGAGUAUUUAAGACGUAUGGUCCAGAGUGUGACCUGGUGUUGGAUGCAGCUCACAAAAAGACCUCCGAGCUGAGUAUAGGCCCCAGGAAAGAAGAUGUUGUAGAGAGCAUCAUCUUUAAAGCCUCCGAUAUCGUUGUGGUGACCUUCAAGGAUGUGGACCUAAAUUUUGCUCGAAAAGUCUCCUCUGACUCAGACAAUUUCACAGAUUCUGCAGUGAGUGGUAGAGUUAAUGGUGAACAUAAAGAAAAAGACCUAGAGCCCUGGGACGGUGGAGAAACUCACAACUCGGACAGCCUUGAGUCUCUGGAUACAGAUGUGUCAAAUGGGUGGGAUCCCAACGACAUGUUCAAGUACAAUGAGGAGAAAUACGGAGUUUUGUCAACGUAUGACAGCAGCCUGUCCACAUAUACGGUCCCUUUGGAGCGUGACGACUCAGAAGAGUUUCUCAAGAGAGAAGCUCGUGCUGCCCAGCUGGCAGAGGAGAUCGAGGCAAGCUCUACGUACAAAGCCCGUGUGGCCCUGGAGAACGAUGAUCGCUCCGAGGAGGAGAAAUACACUGCUGUGGUGCGAGGGGAGAGGGAGCCUCACACACUCAGCAGAGAGAACAAGUACAUUCCUCCAGGCCAGAGGAACAGGGAAGUGAUGUCAUGGGGACCAGGACGCCAGAAUUCUCCACGUUUGGGUCAAAACUCAGGUGGACCUUCGGCUCCUCGAUCAGGGCCUCACGACUACAGUCCCAGCUCGGGGACGGACCAGAGAGUGGUCAAUGGAGGUUCAUCCCACUGGCCCUCACCCUGUCCGUCUCCUUCUUCUCGUCCCCCCUCUCGUUACCAGUCUGGCCCCUCCUCCCUGCCUCCUCGGGCGACCACGCCCACCAGGCCACCCUCCAGACCCCCUUCCCGACCUUCCAGGCCUCCCUCUCAUUCAUCCCAUCCCUCCUAUCCCUCCUCUUCAUCUUCCUUUUCUCACCACGGGCCCACGUCGCCAGCCUCCACUCUGCCCAAACGCAUGUCGUCAGAAGGUCCUCCCAGGAUGUCGCCGAAGUCCCAGCGGACGCCUCGUUCUCACAGAGUGCCACCGUCACGAAUUGGAGGAGUCCACCCUGGUGUGGAUCUAGUGUCUCACAGUUCAGCUGUGGAAGUUUCAUCAGCUCCACCAACCAGGAGCAACUCCUCGGGUGGGACUUGGUCUUCAGUGGUCAGUGGAGCUCACAGACCUCGCUCCCCACGACAGAACAGCAUGGGUGGAGCCUCCCCCGGGUCUUCCUCCCUCUCUUCCCCCCAAACAGGAACGACUCCUGUGGAAACUGUUACAACACUGACAUCAGCUGCUUCUCCUGCUGCUGCUAGCCCCGCCCCCAACAUAGUCACCUCUCCAUCAGGGGAUCAUGCAAAAGAGAGUCGUGUCCAAGAGACAAGACAGUCAUCCCCUUCAACUAACAGUGAGAGCAUCAAGCCUUUGGACAGCUCACCUAAUAUCACAAGAGCAGCGUGUAAAGGACCUCCUUCUAUGGCACCAGACCACAGAAAACAAAUAGAUAAUUUAAAGAAGUUUAGUGAAGAUUUUAGAUUGCAGCCCAGUUCUAAUCCAGAGGCUGCCUUUGAGCAGAUGAUGACCAAGCCUCCCAGAGACCCUGCAGACAAACCAAAAGACCUGCCCCUGGACAAAACCUCCACAGUGGGACGGGAGAGUUCAGAAAAUUGUGUAGUUCUUCCUGCUGGCACCUCUGGAGCUGCUCCUGCUCCUUCCAGUACUAACACAAACACCAGUAAGCCUGGCAGCCCUGCUGCUUUGUCUCCAUCUCCUUCAGCUCCGGACCAGAAGAGGUCAGGGCUGGACGUGACUUCACAAGGAGUUCAAACAACAAUGUCGAGGUUCGGUGGAGCCAAGCACGAAGAAAAAGAGGAGAAAAAGGAAGCGGUGCAAGAUCAAGUAAGAAAAUCCACCCUGAACCCAAACGCUAAUGAGUUCAAACCCAGGUUUAAUACACAGCCCAAACCAGCCAACACCCCGACGCCCCCUCGGCCUCAGGGCCAGCCCAGCCCUUCCAUCGUGGUACAGCAACCUCAGGCUGUGUACGGCCAAACCGUUUGCUUCCCUCAGAUGUAUCCUCUGACCCCAGUCAGCCCCGGAGUGCAGAAAAGCAUAAUAUGGAAGUCUCCAGCCGUGUACCAGGUCCAGAUGCCUCAUAUGACGGUCAGCCAGUCCAAACCCUACAGACCAGGUAAAGUACCCAACAUGCCCCAGCAGAGGUCUGACCAGCACCACCCGCCUGGAACGCCCACCAUGAUGCACCCAGCGACAGCAGCAGGCCCGCCCAUCGUAGCGCAGAGCCCAGUUUACUCUGCGCAGUACUUCACCUGCAGCCCGCAGCAGUUCGCCAGUCAGCCGCUCGUCCAGCAGAUGCCACACUACCACUCGCAGGCACAGCAUGUGUUCAGUCCAGUGAUGCAGGGCAGCGCCAGGAUGAUGGCGCCUCCUACUCAUGGCCAACCCAGUCUGGUGUCUUCCUCCACCACACAGUACCCAGAACAGACACACACCAUGUAUGUGUCUCCAGGGCCCAUGCCUCAGCAGUACCCCCACCCCAGUGCCACCUUACACCCCCAUCCUCAUCCCCAGCACCCCCAGCCCUCUGCCACUCCCACAGGCCAAGCCCAGCAAGGUGGUCCACAACAUGGAGGUCCUCCGAGCCACCCUGCUGCCAGCCCGGUCCAGCACCCCCAGCACCCGCAGGCGGCAGCAGCAGCCCUGCACCUAGCCAGCCAGGCCCCGCAGCAGCAGAUGUACUCAGCCUUGGCCCCGACGCCCCCCUCCAUGACGCCGGGGCCCAACCCACAGUCUCCCCAGGCAUCGUUCCCUUCUGCUCAGCAGACCGUGUACAUCCACCCGCAGCAGGUGCAGCAUGGCUACAAUCCCAACCACAUGGCUCACGUGCAGCAGGCUCAUAUGCAGUCCGGUAUAGUGCCAUCUCACCACCCGGCGCCCACCCACGCCCCAAUGAUGCUGAUGGCCGCUCAGGGUCCUCCAGGGGGUCCACAGCCACCUAUGGCCCAGACUGCCCUCAACCCCAUCCCCGUUUCCUCCACCACACAUUUCUCCUACCUGGCACAUCCACAAGUGCAGCCUCAUCACCAGCAGCAGCUGUAGGCAGAGGGCAGCAGCGAGCCGAGGGACCCGCUCCGCACCACGCUUCUUACCCCAGAGCCUUCAUAAGCAGGCGACGAAG